AAAAAUUUGUGAAAAUAAAAAUGGUGAAAAAGUGAAAAAUUAAAAAAAAAAAAAUAUAUUGAAAAAUAAUUUUGUAUUUUACUUACAUAAAGUAUAUUAUAAAACAAAGGAAAUUGUACAAUAUUUAAGUAUAACAGAAAAAAAAAUAUAAUAAUAAUAAAAAUUAUAAUCAAAUAAAACAACAAUAAAUAUUAAAAUAAACCGAAAAUUUAUUUUAAGAAAUACUCGUUAAUUCUCGCCAACAAUAGCAACACAAAAAGAAUAAUAAACAAAAAAAAAUAGAAGGGGGUGCAAAAGGGGAUACCCUUAAUAUAAUUUCACAUUUUUCAAAUAUUCAUUUUUUUUUUUAAUACGAGAAAAAUUUUAAUAUACUUAUAAAGUAAAUAUUUUUAUGAAUAAAUAUUAUGAAUUAUGGGUACUCAGUAUUUAAUUUAUAUAUAAUAAGUACAUAAUAUACUUAUAAUAUGUAUAUAUAUACGUGUGUAUACAUAAAUUCAAAAAUUGUAUGUUAAACAAAAUGUAAUAUUUAUUUUUCUUUUAUUAAUUUAAUAAUCAGAGCUUUUAAAACAAAAAGAAAAAAUAGAAAAAUAAAGAAAAAGAACAAGAAAAAAUUAAUUAGUGAGCGAUUAUAUCAGUGUUUUAAUAAUAGUGUGUUUUUGAGAACACAAUUUAAAUUAUUUUUUUAAAAUUGAUUUUAUCAUACAAUUCAACUAUUUAAUUAUUUUGUAUUCUAUAUUAAAAAUUAAUAAAUAAUAAUAAACAAUUUGGAUGUAUACAUGUUUUUAUCAAAGUGGUGCUAUCUAUAGCCAACAAAUAAAGAUGUCUGCCGGCGCCCAAUUGCAGAUGGCACCCCAAACGACGACGGCCAUAGUCCAUCAUCAACAUCACCAACACCAUUAUUCUCAGCAGCAGCAGCCACAACCGCAGCAGCCACAGCAAUUGCAACCAAACGUACAGCCACAGCAAAAUUCUAUUCAUUUACAGCAUCAGCAUCAGCAAGUUACAAACGUAGCACAACAACAAACAUUAAUCCAUCAACAUCAUCAACAGCAAACUUCUCAACCUUUAUCACAAUCAUCUCAAACAGCAAAUCAACAUUUUCAAAAUUUUAAUCCUGCAGUAGUUAAUCAGCAGCAACAGCAGUCUGUGGUUGGAGCCUUGCACCAAGUUGUACAAGCUCCACCACAACAGCCUCAACCACCUCAACAGCAGCCGCAACAACAACCGCCACAACCACCACAACAGCAGCAACCUCCAACAGUUCCCGGUGCGCACCCAGGUGUUGCCCAUCAUAUUUUAUCCAAUCACGAUUCAAAUAUGAGUACUGGUUCAACUCAUAGUGAAAAGGAUAAUCAAGAACUAGUACAUUCAACAUUAGGACAUAAUUUGAUUGGUAAUAAUUCGGUAAAUAAUAAUAAUAACGGAAGUGUUGCUGGUCAUAUGACUGCUGGCGAUAUGGUUAUAGUCGGAACGACUGGUUCAACUGGAACUGGCGGAGGCGGGGCAGGAUCUGGUAAUAAUAGUGGAGGUAGUGGGCGAAGUAGUCAUUCACAUCAUCAUGAAAAACUGCCGCGAACACCGUCUGAUUCAAGGAAACGAAAAAGAAAAGCUCCACCACCAUCAGCAGAUGAUAGUGGAGGUGGUGGUGUAGCUGGAAAUAUUUUAGGGAGUGGUAAUUUAGGUACAACAAAUUUAAAUUUAGGUCAAGAUCGAAUUAGUAUGCCAACAAUGGGUGGUAGUAAAAAUGCACGUCUACCAUUACAACUUAGCGAUAGCAAAAAAAUUAAUGAUUACUUUAAUAAACAUCCUGGUAAUAGUCCCAUGCGACAACAUUCCACUGGAAAUGGUGGUAAUGUUGCUGGUGGUGGAGGAGGCGGUGGUGGAGGUCCUGGUGCAACAACACCAGGUGGUGCUAAAUCACCGUCACAACAACAUAGUAGUUAUCAACUAUUUCCGCCUAGUCCACAACAACCAUCAUUAAGUAGUUUAGUUGGUACACCGCCAAUAAGCACGGCGACUUCUGUUGGUGAAUUUCAUUAUAAUCAAAAAAAUCGCCAAACUUCCAAUAUGGUUCCUCCACAAUCGCCAAUAGGUGUUUUACCACCAUCUUGUGGUUCAGUGAUAGGGGGCACUCAAGUGCUGAAUGCAGCAGUUGCACCACAAUUAGUUGUAGCUAAUUGUGGUCCACCACCACCUCCACCCCCACAAUUGGUGACAUCACAAGCAUCUCAAGCGCAGCAGCCCCAACAACCACAACAGCAAGUUGUUCAAACGUCUCAACCACAAUCAUCAUUAGCAUCACAGCAAACAACUCAAACGUUAACAACAUCCAGUCAACAACCAACGCAAAAUUCACUACAAAAUCAAUCACAAACGAAUUUAGUUGUACAUCAUAGUUUAUCAAUUCAACAACAGCAACAACAAUCUUUACAGCAUCUUCAGCAACAAAUAUCAAUGCAAACUAAAUCAACUCAAACAGAUUUUUCUCUAUUAGACAUGCAGGAACGAGACACCGAUUUAGAAACUUAUAAAACUAAAAUUGAGGAUCUGACUCGAUUAAAUGAUGAACAGAAAAUGCAAAUAUCAUCACAAUCAAAAACAAUUGAUCAGCACAAAAGUCAUAUUAACAAAUGUAUUGAUGUUGUAAAAAAAUUGCUCAAGGAGAAAUCAAAUAUUGAGAAAAAAGAAGCUAGACAAAAAUGUAUGCAAAAUCGUUUAAGGUUAGGACAGUUUGUUACACAAAGGGUGGGUGCAACAUUCCAAGAAAAUUGGACUGAUGGAUACGCAUUUCAAGAACUAGCAAGAAGGCAAGAAGAAAUUUCAGCUGAACGUGAAGAAAUUGAUCGUCAAAAGAAAUUAUUGACUAAGAAACGACCUGUAACGGAGACUGGACGUGGCAAACGUAAUAAUAGCAAUUCAAAUUCAGGUGGGAACACAAUAACUGCUGGAAAUAAUGCAGACAGAACCGGUUCGAGUAAUCCAGAUAGAGUAGGACGUGGAGCUGAACGUGGAAAUAAUUCAAGUGGUAUAGGUUCGACUGUGGGUGAUAACAGUAAUUCGGCAGUUAAUCAGUCAAGUAAUUUGCAUAAUGGUGGCUCGGAUACAACGUUCCUAAAACCAGAUCCAGUUUCAACAUCCUCAUCGUCAUCGGGCGGUUAUACUGCUCAGGAAUAUUAUGAAUGUGAUGAAAUAUUAAAAUUAAGGCAAAAUGCACUGAAAAAAGAAGAUGCAGAUUUGCAAUUAGAAAUGGAAAAAUUAGAACGUGAAAGAAAUUUACAUAUUAGGGAGUUAAAAAGGAUAUUAAAUGAAGAUCAGUCAAGGUUUAAUAACCACCCAGUGUUAAAUGAUAGGUAUUUAUUACUGAUGCUACUUGGUAAAGGUGGAUUCUCAGAAGUGCACAAAGCUUUUGAUUUGAAAGAGCAAAGAUAUGUCGCAUGUAAGGUACAUCAGUUAAAUAAAGACUGGAAAGAGGACAAGAAGGCUAAUUAUAUAAAACAUGCUUUAAGAGAAUACAAUAUUCAUAAGGCUUUAGAUCACCCAAGAGUUGUUAAGUUAUAUGACGUGUUUGAAAUUGAUGCAAAUUCAUUCUGUACUGUGUUAGAGUAUUGUGAUGGUCACGACUUAGAUUUUUAUUUAAAACAACAUAAGACAAUACCGGAACGUGAAGCUAGAUCUAUAAUCAUGCAGGUUGUGUCAGCAUUAAAGUAUUUAAAUGAAAUUAAACCUCCAGUUAUACAUUAUGAUUUGAAACCCGGUAACAUUUUACUGACAGAAGGAAAUGUAUGUGGUGAAAUUAAAAUUACAGAUUUCGGCCUAUCGAAAGUGAUGGAUGAAGAAAAUUAUAAUCCAGAUCAUGGUAUGGAUCUAACGUCCCAAGGUGCUGGAACGUAUUGGUAUUUACCUCCAGAAUGCUUUGUUGUUGGCAAAAAUCCACCAAAAAUUUCAUCAAAAGUUGAUGUUUGGAGUGUUGGUGUAAUUUUUUAUCAAUGUUUGUAUGGAAAGAAACCAUUUGGCCAUAAUCAAUCACAGGCAACAAUAUUAGAAGAAAAUACAAUACUAAAAGCAACUGAGGUUCAGUUUUCAAAUAAACCAGCAGUUUCAAGUGAAGCAAAGAGUUUUAUUCGAGGCUGCUUAGCAUAUAGAAAAGAAGAUCGUAUGGAUGUGUUUUCACUUGCAAGAUCCGAAUAUUUACAACCACCUCAGCCAAAGCAUAAUAGACAGUCUUUAAAUCAACAACAACAACAGCAACAACAACAACAAUCUUCAUCUCAGCAACAAUCGCAAGGUAAUGUUGGUCAAACAUCAUUUUCAACGGGAAUGUUUGGUAAUUUAAAUCAAUCAAGUUCAUCCUAGCUAUCUAGACGUAAUUCUAAUUCGUAAUUGGCAU